CAUACCCCCGUGUCUCCCUACCGCCCGAUCCGCUCUCGCUGCCCGCUGCUCGCUGUAUUACGCUCGCAUCUAUCUUCACUUUCGCACAAGAUCUCGCUAUGGAAAUUUACACCACUUCUUUCACCUACCCUCGUCGCCUGCGGCACGCUCAUUCGCCUACCAAUUCGCUCGACUUUGCGCCCCGGUCCAACGAACUUCGCCGUGCUAGCUCCUACCCAGCGAUCCAGCAGCCGAACGGCCUCGAUCCAACUGGUGGCGCGUCCCCGACCGACUAUGAUGCCCUCCAGAAGCUCGCCAUGAUGGCCAUGAGCCUCCAUGGCGUCCAUAUCUCCUUCACCCCAGCCGACCAGGGCCGCGCAUGGAACUUCCAAGUCUCGGGGGCCUACCCGCAGGUCAUGGCAGCAAGGGGGAUGCUAUUGAAGGGGUGUCCGGUCCCGAACCGCUCGUCCAUCAAGGUCACGCGCUCUGAGAUCCUUGACUCGCCCUCCUCGAAGCCGACGCUCAAGCCUGAGGUCCGUCGUCGCCUCGACGACAUCGCUUCUCAGACGUACGCCCACAUCGCUGUCGUCAACAGCCCGCUGUCAUUGUCGACACGCACCCUUCCCGAUGGUAUUACGAGUAGCGCUGGAUGGACCGGCCUCGAGUCGGAGCGGGUAUGCGAGCUUGUCAUCACCGGAAACGGCGACUCCGUUGAUCUCGCCCGUGUCCGAUUGCUCGUCAUGCUGGAUGAGUUGAGCGGUUUGCACGCUGAGUCGUGCGAAAUUGACAACACCCUGCAUGCCAUCAUCACGGGCAGAAAGCGCAAUGUACUGCAGACCAUCCAGGAGGAGACCGCUACGAAUAUCUAUCUGCCUUCUCCCUUGCAGGGUAUUUUGGGGAAUGACCUCACUCAGUCACCAUCGAAUAGUUCGCCUACCACGACGAAGGCGAACAUGAACACGAUCUUCAUCACCGGAGAGUUUUUCGGGGUGCAACGCGCCCGCGACAUGUUAUACCAAAUGUCGUUAACCAAGAGCAAGCAACUCAUCUCCAGGGACAGCGCGGUGCUCCCGCGCAAGAUGGAUUGGAUGGUCACCGAGCGUGCCGAGGAUCUCAAGAUGUUGAUGCACGACAACGCCACCUUCAUUCAGUUCCCUCCUAUCGGUAGUUCUACCAGUUUAAUCACGGUUAUCGGCGACAACCGAGUCAACGUUCAAAGGACCAUCAGGUCCAUCAUGCAACUGGCUUGCCAAUUCUAUGUGGCCUCGCUGUGGCUGCUGCCGGCGCAAUUCAACGUUCUCAUGCCUUCGCAGAGCCUGAACCCUUCUCAGGUCUCGGCGAUUUUGAAGCAGGUCUCCUAUGCGUCCGGGGCCGAAGUAGUCUUCAAGGGCAUGUGUUUUGAGAUGCACGGUUUGGAGCACGAAGUUCGUCUUGCGGUUUCCAUGCUCCUUGACUUGGACAUCGUUAAAACCUACCAUCACGAGAUUCGAUUCCAGAUCGAGCUCGCUAACGAGCAUCGCGAAUUCAUCAGCGGCAAGAAGAAUGGGAAGAUCAACAAGAUCAUGCAAACUACCAACGUCAAGAUCAAGUUCGAGACGUUCAACGAGCAUAACUUCCUCAUCGACAUCGCCGGUAGCGACGCGUCUGUCUUGCAAGGUCUGACGCUCCUGCAGGAGGAGCUGCCAGCGGAGAUAUCUUUCCACGUUCCUGAGUCGUACCACAAGCGUAUCAUUGGCGUUGGCGGUCGUAGCAUCCAGCGGAUCAUGAAGAAGUACGGUGUGUACGUCAAGUUCUCUAACGCCGAGGAGUUCGCUGCCAUGGGCGGGUAUAACGACAACGAGGACAACGUUAUUGCUCGGACGCCGGCUAAGAAUGCCAUGAAUCUGGAAAACCUCAAGCAGGCUGUCAUGGAGCUGGUAAACCCGAAGGACAAGGACUACAUCAAUGAGACCGUUUCCAUCCCGAGGCGGUACCACCGCACUCUGCUCGGCGAGAAGAGUAUCUUCAUUCACGAUAUCGAAGCGAAGACGAACUGUUCUGUUCGCUUCCCCGACAAGGAGACUGCAUCCGACUUCGUCACCAUCUUCGGACCCGAGUCGCAGGUUCAGAUUGCGGCUACGAUGCUCUUUGAUCAUGUUCCAUUCGAGGCGGACAUGGCUGUUCCCCCUCAUCCCGACCUCGGCAGGAUCUGCUCAUCCCCCGACUUCGUCGCUUUCGCUGAGCGCGUCAAGCGUGAGCUGCAGGUCGUCAUCUCGCCCAACAUCAAGACGGCUGUCUCAAAUGGCACUAUUCCUGAUGUGCCCUCAGAGUGUUCUUUCAAGUUCAGAUGUCAGCGCAGCAACAGCGACUUCCUCGUCACAGCUCGCGAGAUGCUUGAGCAGUACCUCAUCGACCACAACGUUCACGUGUACCCCUCGGCCACGUCUCGCACUCACCAACGCGGAGAUUCCUUCACAGACGCCUUCCCUCACUUCGAUAGCAAGGUGCUCUCCACCGCAAGAACUCGUCAUCAGAACUCCGCCGACCUCGGCCGCCCUUCAGAGUCCAUGAUUGACCGUAGAUUACGUCUCGCCAGCUCCUCGCCCGACGUCAAGGCUUUGUUCAACAAUUCCCCGUCGUACAUCUACCAUUUGGAGGAGGAGGAUGACUACGAUCAGUCUAGCUACAUGCCCGGCUCUUCGGGCAAUGACUACUGGCAACCUAUGCCUCCCAUCGGAUCGAACAUUCCUCACCGGACGCAUCACACCGCUGAGGACGCUCUCAAACGCGGAUCUGAUUCGCUAUUAGAGGCGAAGUUGAAAGAUCAGCUCACUAAGCCCCGCUCGUUGACUAAUCGUGCGCAGUCCCUCGACUUGACAUUCUCUCUGAGUCGUAUCAACGAGGCCCCGCGUGGGUCCGGACUCUCGCGCCCCGAAUCGCCCGACACAUCCGUUACUGGAACUGGGACGAAUGGGACGUCAAGUCCCACGUCGGCGACGGUGCCACUGUUUCCCAGCGUGUACGGCCCUCCUGGCGGUCCACGAAGCGCCGUUGCUGGUGCAUCUGGCUCGGGACUCGGCCACGCCAGGGCGCGAUCGAGCUUGGGAAUCGACGAAGACCCCGUGGACGAUGUCUCGCGGGUAAUCUCUAACCUCGGCCUGUAACGAUCGCACGACAUCUUACGUGCAAGAGCGCUCUAUAGAAAGAAGCUUGCCAGGACGGCCGUCUCAAAAGCGCGUUGUAUUCCCAGCAAUGGACAUCGAUCGCAAGCGUGAUGCUGUCUAUAUAUACUGAAUCGUCGAUAUCCCUUCGAUUCGUUCAGCUUGCUUCCCUACACUCCCUCUAGCUUCUCGUCCGACGUCGGCCCCAAUACUUUUGUUUCUCGCUUCGCCGUUGACCGUCACGCCCAUCGUUCCACCCAUUCAAGCAUGCCACAACUGCAAAGUCCAGUCUCACGCGCAUCCCUACGUUACCAACUUCUAGCUUUCGAACCCGUUCGUCCGCUCUCUUUUCUCAAGCCUUCUUUCUCGUCUCUCCAACUAUUUCCUCAGAUAUUCGUCUCUCAUCUGUCGUACCCAUUCGACUGCUGUGCCAGUUUGUCAUCACGUCUCUCGUACCUACAUCUCCCUGCUUGCAUCUCUGUACCAUAACAGCGGCAGCUAAAAGAUGUGUCGAUACGUUCCUCUAUCCUAUCUAGCUACUAGUACGUAGGGACUGGAGCUGGUCGACCGUCCGAAUUAUUCGUAUCCUAUCAUAGAUC